UACUUUAACUAUUGCAAUUGUUCACACGCUAAUAAACUGUGUGUACGUAAGUAAAUAAGUAAAGUGCAUACUUGGAAUAUUUACACUAAAAAGUGCAUAAAACUGUAAAAGGAAAGUAAAAACAUAGAACAACUACUCAACUAAUAAAUAAGUGAAAAAUAUUUGGUUCUAUGAAAAUCUUAAAUUUUAAACGCUUGCCUGCAUAAAUUUGAACGCUUAAUAGAAAAUUGAGUCAUAAACAGCGAAAGUCGCGCACAACGUGUAUGCAGUGUUUGUAUGCAAAUAUCCGUUUCCGUUGAAAAUUGAAAAAUCAAACAAUAUAUUAAAUACGAGUAUAAAAACCAAACAAAAAUAAAAAAAAGACGAAAAGAUAUAAAGUCAAGAAAAAUUCAUUAUCAGCAAAUAAAGUACGUUUUAUACUCAUUCAACCGCAUUUUAAAUCUGCGAUUAUGUUUGAACUUUGUAUCUGCAACAACACCGCAAAAAUAAGAUAAAACCCAAGGGCAGACGUCAAAUUUGCAAUUGCUUAAUGCUUUAUAGCAAUCAGCAAGGAUACAACAAUAAAAUCCAAAAACAGUAAACAACAAAGUAAACAGCAUACAGUAAGCACGAGUAUCUCAGCAGCAUUCUUGCCUCGAAUUCAGAAGUGAACUUUUUAAACGGAACAAUUUAUUUUUCUCCAUAAGAUAUCAUCUUUUUAGCUCCUUCAUAUAAAAUGCACAUACAUAAACCGUCCCCAGAAAUAAACAGUGAUGAAACUACAAAAAACAUAUCAUCCACCACCAUCAAUGCUGAUGAUGUUGAACAACAUGUAGCACAAAAUAAUACCCUAAACUCCCCGAUUAGUGAUGUAAUAAGAUCGGCUGCAGCAGUCACAACAAAUACCACAACGAUAAGUCCGUCAAUAGGCAAAGCAGGUUAUCUGCAAACAGAUAAUACAACAAAUAAUGCCUCCAGUCCGCAACAACAGCUGCAUGUAUAUAAACAGUCCAAACGUAAAAGCUCGGCAAGAUCUGCUGAACCACCACAUGCACAAAGUAAUACUGAUGACGAUGAGACUGAUGUGAUUGGUGAUUUGGUAGGACAUUACGGAAAAUGGCAGUUCCUAAUGACACUUUUGCUCUCACUCUUCCAAGUACCCAACACAUUUCACAUAUCCUCGUCAGUAUAUCAGGGUGCUCAUAAACAGUUUUGGUGUAAGCGGCCACCACAUUUGCAAGAGGUGGACGUGGGUGUGUGGCGUAAUUUAAGUCAAUCGCAAGACAAUUGUUUUCAGGCAUACAUCGACUGGCAUCGAAUUUCAAACAAUACAUCAGCACAGCAGCAACUGCAAGAAAACACUACCCGCAUUUCGUGCUCUGCUUGGGAAUAUGAGAACGAUGACAACGUUGGCAACACUUGGACUUCAGAAUGGGAUUUGGUGUGCGACAAGGAGUACUUAAUAAAUGUAGCUGAAAUGUUCUUUCUACUUGGCGUGGCAACAGGUGGUAUAAUAUCCGGUUUUUUGUCUGACAAAUUUGGGCGCAAAAAAAUGUUGUUCAUAUCUGCUGUGCUGCAGACAACUUUCGGCUUAGCAUUAUAUUUCGUCACUUCGUUUGAGUUAUACUUAACAUUGCGUGCAUUACUGGGUCUUGUUUCUGUGUCGGUCACAUAUUCGGCUCUUAUACUCGCCAUUGAAUGUGUGGACGGAAAAUGGCGCACAAUUGCUGGCAUGUACAACCUAUUCCCACUGCCAAUAUCUUAUAUGCUCAUAUCGGGCAUAGCGUAUUUAACGCAAGACUAUCAGAGGCUGCAACUCUGUAUUGGCAUACCCGGCAUAUUUCUAUGUUUUUUGUGGUUUGUAGUCCCAGAAUCACCGCGUUGGUUGCUGGUUAAGGGACGUGUUGAUGAAGUAAAACGCAUUGUGCAGUCAGCGGCUGAUUUUAAUGGACGUCAAUUACCGCCAAAUUUCCAAAGUAUGCUAAAGCCACCCACACAGGAGAACACAUCACAGGAUAUCAUGUCCUUGUUUCGUUCACGCUAUUUACGCCGCAUUUCCAUUUGCUUCCUUUGCAUUUGGUUCACCAUGAAUUUGGUAUAUUAUGGCCUCAUAUUGAAUAUGAGCUCAUUUGGUGGAAAUGUUUAUUUAAAUUCGGCUUUAGCUGGUCUAGUCGAAAUUCCUGCAAUUGCCAUAGCCAUAUAUAUUAUAACAAAAGUAGGUAAAAAAUGGCUCUUUUGCGCUACUUUCAUUUGUGCCAGUGUUGCUUGUUUGUUUGCAACAAUAACGGAGGGGCUAGAAGAGUUACUUUGGCUAAAAAUAACCUUUUUAAUGAUCGGAAAAUUUACGAUUAGCGCUGGUAAUACAAUAAUGCCAGUUUAUACUGCUGAAUUAUAUCCAACAGCCAUAAGAAAUGUUGGUGUUGGUGCAUGUAAUGUUGCUGCUGGUAUUGCUUUAAUUAUAACACCUUAUCUAUCCUUAUUGACAAAAAUUCAAAGUCAUUUGUUAAUGUUACUACUUACACUCUCAAGUCUUUUCGGAGGUAUUGUUGUUUCCUUCUUACCAGAAAGUAUGCUGGAGCAUACAAUCAAUAAUCCCACUGAAGAAAAAUGUUAAAUAAAUAAGAAAUUUUUAGCAUCAACUAUUAAUAAAAACAACUUUAAUGUACAUGCAAAUUACUCCUAAAUUUAGAUAUACUUAUUUACUGACAUAUUUAUAGUAAACAGUAUAUAUGUUUAUAUUUGAAAAAGGCAGUAAAAUAGGUAUAAUUUUAUUUAAAUAAACAUUUUGGCUGGUCCAAAAUUCAGCACAUACAACAUAUAAAACAUAUGAAACAUAUUAGCAACACAUACGACAUAUCAAAUAUUUUUAUUACAUAUGAAGCAAACGGCCAAAGGAUAUUAACUGCACAAGCAAUUUUAUAACAACUGAGGUAAGUUAGUUAAGAGAAUUAGUGCCGUAGUUGAAG